GGCGGUGAUUGCUGGCGAUUAGAGCGGCGGGCGCCCUCCUCCGGCGAUAACCCCUCUCCCCCCCUCCAAGGGGUCGACCCCAGAGGGGCCCGCCGUCACUCCUCAGUGCUGUGGACCGCGCCAUGCUGGGACUACUGCUGCUGGGGGCGCUGGCGGCGGCGCAGCAAGGGCCGCCAACAGACGGCGCGGGGGCGGAGCGCAGGGUGAGCGACCAGGUGCGCGCAGUCAUCGCGCACUACCGCAGCGCAGACCCGGUGGGCAUGCCCGGGGUGCCCGUGGACGACCCCAUGCCCAUCCCGGACAUGAGGCAGUCCUUCUCCUUCAACACCAUGACCUUCAAGAACUCCAGCGUGCACGGCCUGUCCAAGUUCCGCGUCGACCACGUCGAAACCGACCUCACGGCCAUGCAGGUGACGGUGAAAGUGACCAUCGACCUGCUGCAAAUGAAGGGCCAGUACACGCUCUCGUCGCUGUUCACGCGCUCCAGCGGGGACUUCCUGGUGAACCUGACCACGGCCCACGUGAUCGGCCACGGCAAGCUGCAGGUGCAGCGCAGCGGGCAGCUGCAGGCAGAGGACAUCAACAUGGACAUAGUGGUCGAGGACAUCUCGCUCGACUUCCAGAACCUCGGCUUCAUGGGCAGCCUCAUCCAGGGCAUCCUGAACUCGAUCGGCACGUUCCUGUUCGACAGCAUCAAGCCGUUCAUCCUGCAGCAGGUGAACACCAACAUCCGGGGCGAGGUGAACAGGAACCUGCUCGGCAUCCCACAGAGGUUCCCCAACUCCAUCCCGCCCCUGGACAUGGCCAUCGCCGAGGCGAGGCGGUACGUGCGGGACCAGGGCUACGACCCGUACCGCGUGGAGGACUACCACUACAGCAACCUGGUGUUCUCGGCGGACAUCAGCCACGUGUGGCUGUCGGGGCUGGCGUCCUUCCACCGCGUGGGCGACGUGAGCGUGAACGUGACCAGGAGCCGGCUGCGCGUGGACCUGCACGUGGGGACGGGCGUGCUGGAGGGCCGGUGCCACUGGGAGGUGGGCCUGGGGGCGGUGCUCUCCCGGCCGGGCACCACCUCCUUCACCGUGGACUACCUCCAGGUCCGGGUCCUGGCCAGCCAGCCGCUGGACGUCAGGAACACCCCCGUGCUGGAGGACCUGCAGCUCGAGCUCGGCAACAUCCAGAUGCGCUUCGACGGCGCGGGCACCGCCGACUACGUGGUCGAGCUCGCCGUCAACGUGCUGCCCAACCUCCUCCGGUACCAGAUCGUCAACGCGCUGGAGAAGCCGCUGAAGAAGCGGAUACAGGAGGUGCUGGACUCGCUGGACAUCGAGGAGAUCCUGGAGGAGAAGCUUCCGCAGCUGGACAGGCUGUGACCUCGAGGAACCGGGUGGCACCAGGUGUGAACGAGUGCGACUCGCUGUGUGCAAGGAAGCACUCGGUGUUCUGUGGCAGGUGACGUUUACAGCUGCAGCUUUCAAGAUCAAUUGUGUCCGUUUCAUUUGGCGAUUGCGAUCAGGGAGUCAUCUGUCGCACGUUCACUGGAUGAACAUGUUUUGCUUGUUUGUAUUGUAAGUAUAAAAUUACAGGCGACAUGAAUCUUU